AUGUCGUUCUUCGGCCUCGGAAGACUUGUCUACGUGACAAUCCUCCUCAUAAACUCCAUGGCAAUCCUCUCCGAAGAUCGCUUUCUAGCAAGAAUCGGAUUCGGCCGCACACAAGCAGACCCUGCCUUCGGCGCUUCAUACGACAGCACAAGCGUCAAAGCAAAGAUUAUAAACCUGAUUGCUAGUGUGAGGACGGUAGCGCGGAUACCCCUGAUCGUUAUCAACACGAUAGUCAUCAUCUACGAACUCAUCCUCGGAUGA